AUGUCUUUUGAAAACAGCAGAGCCAACGGCAACGAUUCGGUCGGUCCCAACACCGAUUUUAACUCCUAUUUCGACAGAGACAAACCCCGAGAUCCCCCACCAAGUUCAGAUGAUGUGGACACAAGCGCGAAACGGAAUGCAAAGAAAAUUGUCAACGACUUUAUGGGAUCUACUACGGCCCAUGGGCUCCCGAGGAUAUUUGACGGGAAAGGAAUUAUCGUGGCGAUUUUCUGGACGAUAAUAUUCCUAACAGCGCUAGCGGUAUCAGUGUGGCAAAUACAAAAACUAUUUAAACAGUUCAUGGACAGGGAUGUUAACGUUAGGAUUAAAGUGGUGUCUGCAACAGGUCUACCAUUUCCAAGCGUUUCGAUAUGCAAUACGAACAAAUUACGAAUGUCCGCCAUAGCAGAGUCGCCAUACAAGCAACUCAUAACAGUUGAUACAGAAAUAGUUCGGCCAUACUAUGCACAUAUGUGUAUUGAAGGUGACUUCCGUUGCAAUAACAAUGGUUGUAUAAAGAGCUAUUUGAAAUGUGACGGGUAUGAUAACUGUAGAGAUAGAAGUGAUGAACAAAACUGCAACUACGGCAAAUGCGGUCUCACGCAAUUCAAGUGUAACACCGGAAGUCCCCUAGGCGCAUGCGUGGAUGAAACAUAUAGAUGUGACCGAAUUUUGAACUGUUAUGGAGGUGAAGAUGAAGACAACUGUGAAUGUAAAGACAAAAAGGAGUUCAAAUGUGUGACGUCGGGCCGCUGUAUUGCGCUAUCCAACCUGUGUAAUGGUGUAGAAGACUGUGUAGAUGCUAGCGACGAGAGCAACUGUACAAAAGGCGGAAUGUACUGCGCAGAUGAUUAUUUCCAGUGUGAUGAUCAACGGAAGUGUAUACCACCAAGUUGGCAAUGUGAUGAUUACAGUGAUUGCGAUGACAACACGGACGAAUUGGACUGCGCAACACAAUCUGCAGGAGAAACAGGUAUUGUGGUUUGCUCAAACACAGAAUUCCAAUGUGAUGCAGCGAACUGUAUCCCACUAUCGUGGAGUUGCGAUUGGUACCUAGACUGCCUCUCGGGGAACGAUGAAGAGAAUUGCGACGACAGCGCAACAAACGAUUGUGACUCGGAUCUAUUUAUGUGCGAUGACAACACGUGUAUUGUGAGUUAUUGGGUAUGCGAUGGUGUGGCUGACUGCUUGGACCAGACUGAUGAAGCGGAAUAUAACUGUGGGUAUGGAAGCGAAUCUUCUAACGGUAAUUGUGAGACCGAAGAGUUCCAAUGCAACGAUACUAGCUGUAUAUCACAGUACUGGGUAUGUGAUGGGUAUAGUGACUGUGAGGACGGUGAAGACGAGGAUGGCUGUGACAACAGUGAAGACUUCUUUGUCUGCGAUGGAGGAAAUCGGACAAUACAUGUCAGCUGGAUAUGUGAUGAUUAUGAUGACUGUGAUGACGUAACUGAUGAAGACCCAGCAAACUGCCCAAAUUCUACGUUAACUGCAACGACAAGUCCUCCUUUAUCAUUCUAUUGUCAAACCUCGGGUGAAGAGCUGGCAUGGAAGUACGUGUGUAACAACGUUGUGGAUUGUGAUGACGCAAGCGAUGAAAUUAACACAGGAUGUACAAGCG